AUGCUGCUCACGUUCCUGGAGAAGCUCCCGCUGAGCCAGGGCGGCAAGGUGUUCGUCGGCGCGUCCCUGUGUCUCGCCGUCUGCGCGUACCCUGUCAUCCAGAAGCAACGAAAGACUGGCCACGACCUCUUCUCUUCGGAGCGACCGCAAGCUAUUGUGGACCAGGAGGUGAAGGCGCGUCGGGAGAAGCUCAAUAUCAAGUAG